AUGGCUUCUAAAGCGCUCAACAACACAGCAAAUGAUUCUAAACAACAAAUCACCGGCAUCAGCGACUUGAAGCCAAAGCACACUACUAAGAUGGUUCAUGUCAAGGUUCUACAUUCCUGGUCACAAAACAUCAAUCACGGGGGGGAAACCAUGGAAUUCGUAUUGGCUGAUGAGAAUGGGCAUAAAAUUCAUGCAAGCUGCAAAAAGACUUACUUUGAGAGUAAAGGAAGACUUCUUCUGGUUGGAGUAUGGCGCAACAUCAGAAACUUCCAAGUCAGGCCUGCUGGAGGAGCAUAUCGCACAACAAACCAUAUCUACAAGAUUUCAUUCAAUCAAGCAACAGUCGUUACUCGGUCCAAUUUCAUGAAUGAUGAGUUAUAUCUUAAUUUGGUCGAUUUUCAAAGCGUUUUAUCUGAAACUCUUGAUGAAAAACUGCUAAUAGAUGUGCUGGGCCAAGUUUUGGAUUGUGGUGCUGUCGAAACCAUUCAGUGUGCUGGUGGGUACCAGCGUAAAAAACUAGAUUUCACCCUUAGAGACAUCAAUGAUUCAAGAAUUCCAUGCUGUAUUUGGGGCAAGUUAACCGAUAUUCUCCAUUCUGCCUGCAAUCAAGACGAUGGAUUGGUUACUUUGCUUCUAAGGUUUGCUAAAAUUGGAAAGUUCAGAGGAGAAGUACAAAUCUCUAACUCCUUUGAUGCUUCUCAAAUGAUCAUCAACCCUACAAUACCCGAGGCAGAACCUUUUAAAGAUAUGGAUACUGGGGAUGACAAAACUCUAAUGCCGUAUGAAAGUAAUGAGGAUAGUCAAGAGUACAUCAACAAGCAAAUAGAUCAGGCAGAUAAGCGAGGACAGCGUGAUAAGUGGUUGCUAUACCCUACUAAGAACAUCCAUGAAAUGAAAGCAUCAACUCAAGUUGAUAAAUGUUUAGUGACUUGCACAGUCUAUGAAAUUGAUAUGGAUUGGUCCUGGUAUUACUUUGGUUGUGAUGCAUGCCAAAAAAGGGUGAUCAAAACCGGAACCAAGAUUAAGAAAGUGAAUGGAACGAGAUCACAACUCAUAUUUGGUUUUGUGAGGCAUGCAACGACUAUGUCUUGA